AUGCCUAAGAGGAAGCAUGAUGGGGAGUGGCUUCUUGCUCCUUAUGUGCCAAGUGUGGAGGUGCCUAAGAGGAAGUGCUGUGCAAUGUGUGCACAGCUACAGUCAGAAAAUGAAAAGCUUAGAAAAAAGAGCAAGAAAUUGAAGAAGAAGCUUAAAGGGUUGCAUGUCAAGGGGGACAAGGGAAAAAAUUAUGUAAAAGCUAUAGAGAAAAUAGAGGAGCUAAAGGAUGGGGAAGGAAUGAAGCAAAGGGAAGAGAGUGUAAAAGAUAAGGUGAAAGAAAAGAAGGUGGAGGAAAAGGAGGAGCAGAGAAAGGAGGAUGCGAAGGGAGAGAAGGAGGAGAAGGAAAAAGAGGAGCAGGGAAAGGAGGAGGCGAAGGGAGAGGAGGAGGUGAAGAAAAAGGAGGAGGUGAAGGAAAAGGAAGAUGAGGAAAACAAUCAGACAAAAGAAAAUGACAUGGAGGAAAAGGGGGUGUGGGAAAAAGAGAAGGUGAAGGAUGGGAAAGAGGUGAGGCAGAGGGAAGAGGGUGUAGAAGAUAAGGUAAAGAAAAAAGAGGUGGAGGAAAAGGAGGAGUAG